AUGGCUAACAAACUAUCGCCCUUUAAUCCGUUGGCAAUUUAUAACUUAGUGUCUGCAGGACUGUGGGCCUACCUGCUGUAUAGGGUAAUUGUCGUGUAUCCCAAAUUGGGUCAGCCUGCGUUUUUCCAAGACACCAGGGCCACUCUGAAUGCUAUCCAAUGCGGAGCUUUGAUUGAAAUAUUCAACUCACUGACGGGGAUUGUGCGUGCUCCAUUACUCACGACUGUCGCGCAGGUUGCCUCACGGCUGCUACUCACGGUGGGCGUUUUCCAGUUUUUGCCCGAGUCCUACAAUGCCCACAACUUCACCUUCUUGACCCUUUUAAUCGCAUGGUCCACAACUGAAGUAGUGCGUUAUUCUUUCUACUAUUGCAAUUUGACCUUGUCUAGCGGAGCCCCCAGGAUACUAAUUGUUUUGCGGUACAAUUUGUUUUGGAUCCUGUAUCCUUUAGGCGUCGCCAGUGAGCUUUUGAUAUUAUAUUCCUCGCUUUCGGUAGCCGAGACUAACUAUCCCGUUGCAGUGAAGUGGGGCUUAAUUGCUGGCAUGCUUGUUUACAUUCCAGGGUUCCCAAUGCUUUUUUCCCACAUGGUUGCCCAACGCAAAAAGGUGAUGAAGUCUUCAAAGAGCCAUGAAAAGAAGCAAAGCUGA